AUGUUCAGACUAUUUGAAUUGUCCUUUUUACUGUUGGCAUUCUUGGUUAUUACAUCCACUGCUAUAAGCAUACCAUAUUCGCGCGACCCUGGAAAUAAAGAAAACAUCACCGCAACAUUAGAAAAUGGUUCUAUUUUCUGUUCAUUUCUUCCACCAAACUAUGGUGGUGACGUCAGUGGCAGUGAAGGUGAUGCCAUCACGUUUUGCAAUAAGCCUAGUCCAAAUGCACCUGGUGCCAGAAUCUUUCCCGACGGAUUCAUAAAAUCAUAUCACUUCGCCACUGGAGAUGGUUAUAUUCAGGUCACUGGCACUAUUCACAGAGACGCAUAUGGUUUAAAAGCAAGUGAUAAGGGUGGUCAGUACGAUAGUGUAGGUGCUCCUCCUGGCGCAAUCUGUGCUAAUUAUGAUAAAUUUGUGAACUUAGUCGAGCCUGAUAUUGAAUUAUUCUGUAUUCGUUGUUGUACUGACACUUCAAAGUGCGAUACCGGUCAUAGCGAAAAUGGAUGUGAAUCUAUUAUUCCUGGUGAUUACAGUUAA